UCGUUGCAGUGAAAAAUCAAAAUUCAGUGAUCAUGAAUCUACAACAUUCUUGUGUUUCUUUUUUGGUUUUUUAUGCCAAGAAACAACCGGUUCACAGGUAGUGUGAGGAAAUUUUUGAAUAUGGAGUAUUUUUCCAUUAGCCCUUUGCAGCUUUACACCGAUGUAUGAAUAACGAUUGGAUAUUCAAUGGUAUUUAUGAAGAAGCCAUUCGAUUUGCACUGAAAAUCUUCUAUGAUUCCGCAUACAAGCCUACGCUAUCAGAGUUCAAAGUUCAUUGACGUUUUUACAAACUUGGAGAUAUAUACUAAUAAUUAUAAAUCUCAAUCACUUCACGCAGUUCACAUUGUUGCAUUUCGUUUAUGGCAAUGAUAAAUGUUCACGAACAAGUGUAGAUACUCAAAUCGCUUAUUCAUUCCAGUUUCGUGUUUGCCUUGAAGAUUUUUAAUUUAUCUUUUUCGACUUGCUUUCCCGGAAGUUUAUCCGACUAAACCUCAUACUAUCUUUGUUUCUUAACGCUUUGCGAAGCUAGUUCUUCCACACCCCAAAAUGUAUGCACUUUUUUGAUUGAAUACGCCAUAUAACUUUUAAUUAUAAAUUGCUCCAUGUCACUGCAUUCUUCGAUUCGCAUGACAAAACCUAAAUCCGCAAGAAAUCAUUUUUGUUGAAAGAAAUUGUUGUUUAUAUGUAAGAACUGUAUAGCAUACUGCAAUGUCAAACUGACAGAAGCUGUCAUUUUGACAGUAGCUAUACAUUCAAUACAAAAGAAAACUAACAGUGAAAGAUCAAAGGCACUACGUAUCACGACCGUUGCACUGUAGAAUCAUGUGCACAGCCAUUCAGUGAUCAUGAAACAACAUAAUUUUUGCCUUUUCCGUCGUGAGUCAACCGGCUCACAGGUAGUGAUAGGAAUUUUUUCAGAACUGGUUGGAUUUUUCCAUUAGCCCUUCCCAUUCACAUGGCUGCAAGCUAUUCAUCGGUGCAUCAAAACGGCGGACUGGUGCAUAUCACUGAGGAUGCUGCCGGAAUGCCUGCCCGCGAUGGAACGAAAGAAAGAGAGAGAAAUAUUUUGGGCACAGGCAUCCAAAUUCGGCUACAUAAACCCACCGUCCGAUGGUUGUUCCAUCAGUCGAUAGAGAGCACUGCGCUGAGUAGGUCUACAGUUUUCGAAACACAUCAAUCUCUGACAUUGUAACUGAGCAUUCUGCUAGCUUAUACACAUUGUGUUUUAAAAGUGAAGUGACUGUUAUUAAAUCUUGUUCAAAUUUUCAAUCAUCAUGAGGAAGGGACAAAUCCGCCAUCUGUUGGAUCUUUCCAUCGAAGAGAAGCGCGCAUUUCUCGAUUCGUUCGAUUCGAUUAUGUCGGAUUGUGAUGGUGUCGUAUGGAACUUCACCGGUCCGAUUCCCGAUGUUGACAGAGCCUUGCAACUGCUGAAACACAAGGGCAAAAAAUUGGCGUUUAUUUCCAACAAUGGGAUGCGCACAAUGGAGGAAUAUAAAAGGAACUUCCGCAAGCUGGGAAUUAAGGUUCAUGAAAACAACAUAGUUCAUCCGGCGUUGACAACAGUCAAAUACCUCCAAUCGAUCAGCAUGCAGGACGCGGUGUAUUGUAUAGGAACAGAGAUAUUCAAAGAUUAUCUGCGAAACGCAGGGUUCACGGUGCUUGAUGGGCCCACAGAACAAUUCCCUGACGAAAGGGUGGUGAACUCGGUGCGAGUCUACACCAGCUACUUUGAGGAAAUCGACAGUCCGAAGGUUGGUGCUGUGGUAAUGGACCUCGAUGUCAACGUUUCCCUUGCGCAUCUAAUGAAGGCCAAAUGUUACCUGGAGCGAAAUCGAGACUGCGUUCUGAUAGCUGGUGCCACAGAUAAAAUCGUUCCUUUGGAUACCAGUAUGGAUGUAAUAGGACCGGGUUAUUUCAUCGAUAUUUUGGAACGUGCCUCCGGACGGAAGGCACUGGUGCUCGGGAAACCUGGUCAGGCACUAGCUAAUUUUGUGCUAGAACAGUUCAAUGUGACGAACCCUAAGCGAACGUUGUUCAUUGGAGAUAUGCUUCCUCAAGAUAUGGGCUUCGGAACACGGUGUGGUUUUCAAAAGAUUCUUAUGCUUAGCGGUGGUACGACGAAAGGAAUGAUGUUCUCCCACGACAAACCAAACGAGCUGCCUGAUUUUUAUGCAAAUAGCUUCGCCGAUUUCAUCCAGCUAUAUGAAGAUAUUGCCAAUGAACCAUAGAUGCCAUGAAAAAAUGAUUGUAUUCUGACGUAUUCUGUGGCACAUCAGAGACAGAAAUGUGAUAUAAGAAUAGAUACCUUUAAAUUUGUAUUGCAAU